AUGCAUCCUCAGCAGCUGGUCAUCGCCUGGUUUUCCCUGGUUUUGCUGGCACCUCCCCUCAUGGCCAUAUGGGAACUGGAGAAAAACGUUUAUGUUGUAGAGUUGGACUGGCACCCUGAUGCCCCCGGAGAAAUGGUGGUCCUCACCUGCAAUACUCCUGAAGAAGAUGACAUCACCUGGACCUCUGACCAGAGCAGUGAAGUCCUAGGCUCUGGUAAAACUCUGACCAUCCAAGUCAAAGAAUUUGCAGAUGCUGGCCAGUAUACCUGUCAUAAAGGAGGCGAGGUUCUGAGCCAUUCGUUCCUCCUGAUACACAAAAAGGAAGAUGGAAUUUGGUCCACUGAUAUCUUAAGGGAACAGAAAGAAUCCAAAAAUAAGAUCUUUCUAAAAUGUGAGGCAAAGAAUUAUUCUGGACGUUUCACCUGCUGGUGGCUGACGGCAAUCAGUACCGAUUUGAAAUUCACUGUCAAAAGCAGCAGAGGCUCCUCUGACCCCCAAGGGGUGACUUGUGGAGCAGCGACACUCUCAGCAGAGAAGGUCAGAGUGGACAACAGGGAUUAUAAGAAGUACACAGUGGAGUGUCAGGAGGGCAGUGCCUGCCCGGCUGCCGAGGAGAGCCUACCCAUUGAAGUCGUGGUGGACGCUAUUCACAAGCUCAAGUACGAAAACUACACCAGCAGCUUCUUCAUCAGGGACAUCAUCAAACCGGACCCACCCAAGAACCUGCAACUGAAGCCAUUAAAAAAUUCUCGGCAUGUGGAAGUGAGCUGGGAAUACCCUGACACCUGGAGCACCCCACAUUCCUACUUCUCCUUAACAUUUGGCGUACAGGUCCAGGGCAAGAACAACAGAGAAAAGAAAGACAGACUCUCCGUGGACAAGACCUCAGCCAAGGUCGUGUGCCACAAGGAUGCCAAGAUCCGCGUGCAAGCCAGAGACCGCUACUAUAGCUCAUCCUGGAGCAACUGGGCAUCCGUGUCCUGCAGUUAGGU